UAAUAAUAAUUAACUUGGACAUGGCUGAAGGGGACGGACGCCCUCUGUCUGACCCACAGGCCACACCGACCGCGACAGGGCGAUUUUCAUCUGGAUUUACAGCGUACGUAACUUUCAGAUUAUUAUUAGUUACACGACGAGAUCUCUGCCUGGGGCGCAGGGCGGGCCCUCCUCUCCAAACAUUCAUUCUUCCAGAAUCUUUCUGGUGCUUCUUUUCCGUCCGGGGCUUGUGUUUUGGCGCGCGGCGGUUGCUAACUCGUUGCCAGCUAGCUGGGUGGGUUUUGGCGGGCUUCAAGUUAAAGUAUUUAGUUAAAAGGGAGCUUAAGGCUGCUUGCUGCUGGGUUAGUCAACUCUCGCCGCUUGCUGCUUCUGCUGCUUCUGCUGCUUCUGCUGCUUCUGCUGCUUUUGCUGCUUUUGCUGCUUCUGCUUCUGCUGCUGGUUGCUGGUGCCGUUUCAUAACAUAACAAGACAUACAUAACAAGACAUAACAUAACAAGACAAGACCGAACAACCUUGGGAAGAGAGAAAUUAUAUCUGCGAUUCCCCCCCAACCAACCCUUUGACACACGCCCUCAACAACCACCGCCACGCCCUAGUUAGUACCCAACUUUGACUCGACUUACUUACUCCCAUCUCAUCUCCAUUCCCAGCUCUGUCUCUUUGGCUUGCGAUAUAUUCCCUGCCCUGUCACUCCUUGUCCUUCCUGCUCGCUCAACUCUAUCUAUCCCACCUCUCACCGUUCCCGGACAGCUACUGCAGCAACCUUGCCGCCUUGUUCCUGUUUGACAUAGAACGUCCAAGUGAUCCAAUUUCGCUGUUUUCCUUUCUGGGCUUUUUGUAUCCUCCUCCCUCCCUCGAACAACGACGACCGCUGCUAUUCUUUCUACCUUCCAUCCGCGACAUACCACAUCAAUCACUACAAGGGGCAACCGAGUUGUAACAAGACGAGAGAUAUUGGGGGAAGAAUUUUUGCCAUCAGAGUGCCCAGUCGCUCCAGUGAACGAGUUUCUCUGUCUUCCCUGUCUGUCAUACCUUCGGAUCCUUCCCCUCCCCGCAAUUCCAUCCACGGAGUUUUUUUUAGAGACACAAAACGGUCUUUGAAAACGCCCGGAUAGUCUGCUUAGCAAUCGGUCUUUGCUGUGGCUGCAUCGCGUGCCUCUUACCUCGGCUUUUAUCUACCUGGAGAAAUCUCAAGCUCAAGUGCUAUCUGCGGAUACCCGUCUUCCCCAAGCGUGUGUGACUUUGCGUUGAGCUACUGGCUUGAUUGCGACCCUUGCGCUCGCUUCCGUAUCUCUGCCGUAGGGUUGUGACAGUCAGGACAGAGAGAUUCUCCUGUUCAUUUUUGUGUGUUUCCAUACGCGGGAGACUCUGCUUGCCCGCUGGCUACCUUUACCUCUCCAGAACACAUUAUUCCCCUCAUUACCCACGCCCAGUAUCGAACCGGAUACUACACGAACGCCACGGCAUAUAUUUAUAUGAAUCCAAGUGUCUUCCGUGCGCUGAAAUCGGUCCUCUCCCCCGACGUAAAUCCUCAUUGACUAACUUGCGAUUGAUCCAUCCAUUCGCGUUUUGCCGACCCCGCCUUGGUUUACUGGACAUUGGCGCUGACCUCUCGCUGAUCGAUCGUUGUACGCUUCUAGGAUUUAAUAGUUCUGAUAGAAGGAAGUCAUUCUUUGAGGGAAUUGAUUCUUUAUUCAAAGAUACUUGUCCCAACUAUAGUUGAGGAAGCUUUGCGAGACCCUUGUCGACAGACAGCCUCUGCUUCUCAACCCGCUUUAUUCUAUUUUACUUUCAGUUAAAUGAUCACAGGCACCGACUAUGGAUAUCACAAACAUUCUAAACGAGAAAGGAACCGCCGCCGCUGCCGUCGCCAAAGCCCAGUUACAUCAACACUUGACCCAGGGAACACACAUAAAAUCCCAAACGCCGUCCGAAAUGGGCUCUGAAAACGGAACGUCCCAGAAUGGAGACCAGUCGAAUAUCUAUCCCCCUACCUCGCAACCCCACUCCCACCUAGCAGGUAUCCCUCAAUAUCAUCCUCCAUCGCAGGGUGCCGGUGGCGUUCCGGCUGCUCGUUCUGAUUUUGUUCAAGCCGAUCAGGGAGAUGUCAAGUAUCUUCCGAAUGCCAAUACCGGACGCGGAAGAGCAAGCGGAGAACCUGCGCCCAAAACAUUUCAUUGUUCGACAUGUGGGAAAGGAUUUGCGCGGCGGAGUGAUCUCGCCAGACAUGAGCGGAUCCAUAGCGGAAUCAGACCUCACGUAUGCGACUGGCCGGGCUGUGGGAAGCAAUUCAUCCAGCGUUCUGCAUUGACCGUCCAUACUCGAGUCCAUACAGGCGAGAAACCACACAUGUGCGACAGGUGUGGCAAGCCUUUUAGCGAUUCAAGCUCCCUUGCAAGACAUCGCAGAAUACAUUCGGGAAAAAGGCCUUACAAAUGCCCAUACGCGAACUGCCAGAAAACUUUCACGAGGCGGACUACUUUGACGCGGCACCAAAAUCAUCAUACCGGUACGAUUGAGGAAGCUGCCGCUGAAACUGAAGCCAACCUGCGGCAGAACAAAGAACGAGUUAUUCGUCCGCCCGAUGGAAUUUACUCAGAGACUGGGUCAACCCACUCAACACCAUCUCCCGGUCAGCGCCAUUCUCUAUCUCCCGGGAAUGAAUUACCGCCAAUGAAUCUACAUCGCCAGAUGGGCGAUUACUAUAUGGGGAAUAAUACUUCGAUUCCUCCACACCUACGAGGCGACUUCCAGCAACCCAGCCCCCGAGCAUCUCCAUCUACCUCAUCACCUCCGGUUUCUACCUACAAUAACGUUCCCCAUGCUCGACCUUCGCUUACCUCCCACCCAAGCGGCUACGGACCACCGCAGCCUCUUGAACCUCCAGCCAACAGCGAUCCUCGCCCCAAUAGUGGAUCUGGAAGUCCGCAUAUUUCGAGCAUGGGAUGGGCGUCUCCAACGCUUAACAGCGUCGGCUCGCCAGCCUCAGCCUCAGCAACGGAAUAUUCAUACCCGGAACCGUCCGGCCCCCCUUACUCAGCGCACAUGCCGCCCCACAUGUAUUUUCCCAAUUCAACAAUACGACGACCGCAAAGCACAGAACCAGAGAACUACGAAAUGAAACCUAAAUUGAACGGGGAUUCAUGGACUACCCCUGUUUGACCGUGGCUGUCGACAAGUGCAUUAAUUGUUCUUCCUUUCGCAACAACUGUUUUAUUCCCAUAUGGUUAAUUAUUUCACUUCCUAAUUUUCCCCUCAAUUUAUAGAUACCCCACCGUGAUCUCACGAACAUGAAAACGGGUCAAUUUCGCGCUGUAUGAAUACACUUUAUCCCACCAGACAUACUUUUUUAAUCGCUAUUACGUCUUUUUUUUUCGUCCCUUGUUCCCAUUUUCCUCUCAAUACUUUGCUAUGUUGCUAUCUGCUAUCUGCCAGGUCUUCAUUUUACCUAAUAUCUUUGCCUCUUUCAUGCGUCAAUACCUCAUUAAUUGUUUUUGUUUUUGUUAUAUCUCCCACCUCUUAUAGAAUAUUUACUGUGUUCUGCAGGCAGUGUACGGGCAGUGGAUGGAACGGGAACAGGGGCAUCGUCAACGCUGUAGCACAGCAAUCGGAGUAUGGAAGGGACUCUCGGGUUUCCAGUUGUACUUGGGGGUUGCUUUGGGAUUUGAUAUAGGGGUGUUUAUGACUCUUGAGUUGACACCCGGUUGCAUGGAAUUGAGUUGGGAUCACCACAAAAAAGCUAAAAAAAUACAUAUCGCUAUGCCCGUUUGAUUUUUUUGAUUUACAUAGUUUUCUUUAUAUCACAACAAUAGAUAUCAGUUUGUUUGCUUAUUUGUUGAUGUGUAUGUUAGCUAGGGUACUUUCUACUAAAAGGUGAUUUUUGUAAAUCGGCCCUUAUUACCUCGAGCAUGUUUAAAUACCGCCGCUUUUCUGAAUCCUGCAUGAAAAAUGUCGAUUCGCUUUCCAACCCACGCACUGUCAUCUGGGGAGAUGGCAGUGGGCCACAAUAUGUCUUCCAUAAUUUGCUGCGAUCUGUACGUAAUGAACAUAUCUUGUGUGGUCCAACCAGCUAAGAGAGUCUUCCAAAAUUCAUAUAAUAAUACAUUGCUUAAUAUAAUACAUAAAAAG